UUUGACUCAAAGAUUUCCAGCACAAUUUGUUGAAUAUUUCUCUUUAAAAAAAUACAUAAUACUGCGAUUUCUUUUGAACACACUGCAAUGAAGUUUAUCCUUGGUAUUUGUGUGUUGUCGGUGCUUAACUGGGGUGCCACGGCAUCUUUGUUUUCGUGGGUUUUCGGACAGAAAAAUGCACCGGAUUCACACGGAAAUGAAAGUCCGGACGGUGGAGGGAUUUCGACAUCAUCCCAGGGGGCAGCAAACCUCGGCAAGCCGGUACCGUUCGAGAUGAAGUCAGCAGAGUCGAGAUUUUUGAAAGCGGGCGAAGAGUACAUGGCUGGGUUGUCUGUACUAGAUACCUGUCAUCAUAGAGUAAUCGCCGAAUUGGAGUCGUCUUGCAAUGACAUAACAGAGGAGGAGCUUGGUAAACUGGGCGUGGCCUUGCUCAACUGUCAAUCAAAAUCAGAAGGACGCUCCACUUUUACUUGCACCAAAGAAAUGACGUUAGCAGAGUGCACCAGAGGUAUGGACGCAACAACGUGGAAUACUUACCACAUUAUAAGUGAUCGAUCACGCUCUGUAUGCUACGGUGUUAGACAGCAACAGUUCCAGCGACAGACACGCUUUGCCGUCAACCAGCUUGCUGCAACUGCUUCAAACCAGCUGAAUAUCAUGGAGAAUCUACAAGAAGGUCAAGAUGCGUUGCAGAAUGUGGCGACAGACACCUUACAGAUAAUGGCUGACGGACAAAAGGAGGUCCUCAGCAAACAAGAAGUCCUCAAGGAGUCACAGGGUCAGCUGCAUGUAUCCAUUGAGAGCAAUAUCAGAGACCUGACUAGCGAGAAAACGCUUAUAGCGGCCGGCCAUAGAGAACUAGCCACCAUGACAGAAAGCAUACGACAGCAACUUGAUAAUGCAACGCAGCAGCUUCUGAGCCAAGACCAAAACUUGAAGAGAAAUCAUGAAGAUGUUCAACGCGAUCUUGCCAGCAUUCGCAUCAAAGCCAAGGAAGUAUGGGACAAAUUAGAUGGAGAUAUGAAUCACAUUGCUAUCCACCAAGAAGAAACAUUCCAGUAUUACUCAGAAACUCUUGAAAACCUGAAGAGGAUGAACGACACCAUUAACUAUUUAUUAAACCUAGUUAACAAAAUGCAAACCGGGAUUGAUGAAAGGCUGGGCUGGUUAACUACUCUAGUUGGUGGUUUAGGUAAUAACAUGAAUGUCAUCUCAACCUGUGUGACACACGUCGCCUACUUCCUACUCGCCUCUCUCUGUGUGACGUUCCUUCACACGCCAGCAUUCACCCGCAUCGUUCUCCUACUCCUAGUACCCAUCAACGCUCUGUCCAAGAUCAGACACGGAGUGGGUCUUGAGUUCUCUGGCCUCACCAUUCUCAUCACUGGGGUUGCUAUCGCAAACUGGAUGGUCAUAGUCUUCAAGACUUUUUGGAGUAGUAAAAAACCAUCAAUUGGCGCCAAGCCUCCAAGGGAGUACGGCCUCAAAAAAACAGUCUGUCGUUGCAAUCACAAGGGUCCUAUAUUUGCUCUUCCACCAGCUAUCAACAGAUCUGUGAUAAGCAAAGGUUUUGGCGGGUAUUCAGAUGAUGAUGAAGACUACACAUUGCCCUCUGACCUCUCGGCCAUAACAGGUGAUAUGUCUUCAUAUACAUAUAACACUGACAUGAUGUCCGAGUCUAGUGGCUUCUCUCAGGACGCAACGAUGACCGGAACUGGACUGACCGAUCUAGAUAUGACGUUUGAGAAAUCAUACUCCAUGAAAAAGAGCAAAGUCAAUCAAGACACUCCCUUGAUCAGCUCCUCCACAAAGACACCAAUGCCUCUCUCCGCCUCUGCUAUUGUCUUUGGAGAGCUCCGGCAUCAAGGAAACCCUGCUAAGAGACACCUUGGCUCUGCCCUGGAGGAGUUACCCCAGGCGACUCCAUCACCACGGAGACGAAGAGAAGGAACUCCUAACAGUACAAGUUCUAGACCAAGUACACCUGGAAAGCGACUCUGCAAUGGUCUGACAAAAACAGGUCAACCUUGCCGCAUGACCUGCUCCCAGGGGUCUGACUAUUGUUAUCGCCAUAACAACAGCAACUAAACUCAGAGAACUGAAGAGUAAGUAAAUACAAUCUAGAGGAUUUGGGUACUUUUUGUAACACAAAACACAAUGUCCACAGAUUGAGUAAAUAUAAUUUAAACGAUUACACCAUUUGAAGAUAAUGAUAGUAAAUAAUGAGAGUAGAAAGCUUAAAAUAUUAAGGUGCUGUAGCUUUUGAGAAAUUAGUAAAACAAUGUCAUGAAAAUACGUUUUACAUGCUAAAGUAAUUUUUGUGACUUAAUUUACUCAUUCUCAAAAACUACAGCACCUCAGCAAGUAAUAUUUUAAGGGAAGCUUUCUACCAUCAUUAUUUUCAAGC